UUCCCCGCCAGCCCUUGAAAGAUGAGAACCCACACCUUCCACCUCCCGACCCUGCCGCGUGGCUUUGCCUCUCCCGGGGCUCGAGGCUGCCCUUGCCGCUGGGAAUCGAUUGGGCAAAUAGUUUCACCUCUAGAUGCUUAGUCAGACUUCUGUAUUUAAUGACGCCAAAGCAUCCAGCUCCUCUCAGACUCACGUGGCUCAGGGUCUGGGGAGCCGACCCUCAAAGCGUGGCCCCCAACCCGGCAGCAUCAUUUUCAGCAUCACCCCGGACCUGGUUAGGAAUGCACAUUCUCAGGCCCCGCCCCAGACCUCCCAAAUCCAAGACCGGGGGAGGGGCGCCGUCUGUGCUUUGCUGCUCCUGCGGGUGACUGGGAGGCGCUCGACGGUGACAGCCCCUACCCUGGGGCUUCCUACGUCGCUCAGGCCGCCGGGAGAGCGGAGGCUGCGACAGACGCCUCUGGAAACUUGCAGGGCAGAGAAGAGGCGGCGGGAGCCGGACCAGAGCGGGACCGUCCAGGGCUGCGACUGGCAUCCGGUGCUGCGUUUGGGAUCUGGGCUGCGCGAGGUGCGCUCACUCUCCGCAGCUGGUGCCGCAGCCGGGUGCGGGGAACAGAACUAGUCCGGGAAAAGCACGUGCCGCGUUUCAGUGAUUGCUAGGCGGGUGUGUACAAGUAGGCCAUACCUGUCUAUGAUUCUUUGAGAACAUUAUAAUGUCCCUUUGUGCCUCUUCUCACAAGGAGUUUUCCUAGAUGUUACCUAUUCAAGACAUGGAUAUCAAAAACUCACCAUCUAGCCUUAACUCUCCUGUCUCCUACAACUGCAGUCAAUCCAUCCUACCCCUGGAGCCAGGCCCUAUAUAUAUACCUUCCUCCUAUGUAGAGAGCCACCGUGAAUAUUCAGCCAUGACAUUCUAUAGCCCUGCCGUGAUGAAUUACAGUAUUCCCAAUAACUCGGAAGGUGGGCCUGGUCGACAGACCACAAGCCCAAAUGUAUUGUGGCCAACUCCUGGGCACCUCUCUCCUUUAGCCAUCCAUUGCCAGUCGUCACUUCUGUAUGCAGAACCUCAAAAGAGUCCUUGGUGUGAAACGAGAUCAUUAGAACACACCUUACCUGGGAACAGAGAGACAUUGAAAAGGAAGGCUAGUGGAAGCAGUUGUGCCAGCCCUGUUACUAGUCCAAGUUCAAAGAGGGAUGCCCACUUCUGUGCGGUCUGCAGCGAUUAUGCAUCGGGAUAUCACUAUGGAGUCUGGUCGUGUGAAGGAUGUAAGGCCUUUUUUAAAAGAAGCAUUCAAGGACAUAAUGAUUAUAUUUGUCCAGCUACAAAUCAGUGUACAAUAGACAAGAACCGGCGUAAAAGCUGCCAGGCCUGCCGACUUCGGAAGUGCUAUGAAGUCGGAAUGGUGAAGUGUGGCUCCCGGAGAGAAAGGUGUGGGUACCGCGUAGUUCGAAGGCAGAGAAAUUCUGAUGAGCAGCUGCACUGCCUGAGCAAAGCCAAGAAAAAUGGUGGGCACGUGACCCACGUGAAGGAGCUGCUGCUGAGUGCCCUGAGCCCAGAGCAGCUGGUGCUCACACUCCUCGAGGCCGAGCCGCCCCACGUGCUCGUGAGCCGCCCCAGCACGCCCUUCACCGAGGCCUCCAUGAUGAUGUCCCUGACCAAGCUGGCUGACAAGGAACUGGUACACAUGAUCGGCUGGGCCAAGAAAAUUCCGGGCUUCGUGGAGCUCAGCCUGUACGACCAAGUGCGGCUCUUGGAGAGCUGCUGGUUGGAGGUGCUCAUGGUGGGGCUGAUGUGGCGCUCCAUCGACCACCCCGGCAAGCUCAUCUUUGCUCCAGACCUCGUUCUGGACAGGCUUCUGCAGCGAGAAAACUUGAACCUACUGAGGAUGAGAGGAAAAUCCGGGUAUCUCAGCUUAUUUCUAACAAGGGAUGAAGGGAAAUGUGUAGAAGGAAUUCUGGAAAUCUUUGACAUGCUCCUGGCAACGACUUCAAGGUUUCGCGAGUUAAAACUCCAACACAAAGAAUAUCUCUGUGUCAAGGCCAUGAUCCUCCUCAACUCCAGUGUGUACCCUUCAGCUGAGGCACCCCAGGAGGCUGACAGCAGCCGGAAACUGGCUCAUCUACUGAACGCUGUGACGGAUGCUCUGGUCUGGGUGAUCGCCAAGAGCGGCAUCCCCUCCCAGCAGCAGUCCGUCCGCCUGGCUAACCUGCUGAUGCUCCUUUCUCACGUCAGGCACGCCAGUAACAAGGGCAUGGAACACCUGCUCAACAUGAAGUGCAAAAAUGUGGUCCCCGUCUACGACCUGCUGCUGGAGAUGCUGAAUGCCCACACACUUCGCGGCAGCAAGUCCUCGGUCACAGGGUCCGAGUGCAGCCUGGUGGAGGAAAGUGAGAGCAAAGAGGGCUCCCAGAACCCCCAGGCUCAGUGAUGCCAAGCCCUGAGGUGUGGUCAGGCUGCAGAGGAGGUCAGAGGCCGAAGCGUGAACUCCAGCACAAAUCGUGAGCCCCAUCAGGAGGGGGCGGGCUUCAUCGGCUUUCUGCUGUGUGAUCCCUCAUAUGGCCCCUCAAUACCAUCCUUCCCCGACCUCCCUACUUCCCGGGAGUCAGGGUGAGAAAGCCAGUGCUCCUUGUCACCAGGGGGCACGUUUGAGUGCAGCGUUUAUGUCUUGCUUGGCCUCAUGGGAUCUCAUUGUGGUCCCUCUCACUUCCCAUCUCCCUCCCACCCUUUGGAAAACAUCUUACAGCUUUUGGAAUGACUGGUGGAAAUCUGACUUGGAAGCGUUGUCAAGUAGAAAGGGGAGAGAACGUGGCACAUGCACAGGAAGGGGACUAAGCCUUAUUGUGCCACUUAACCUGCCCACAGAAUUAGUCCUUUGUAUGCUGCCUCUGGACCACUUGAUUGUAGGAUUGAAAACCACGACGGCAGUCAACUAACUGGUUCCACACACCUAUCUCACAGGCCUGUGAGGACAGGUGUCACGUAUUGCUGUGACUCUAUCCAAGGCCAGAGGGAAUGUGACCUAGGGAACCAGUGGUCAAGCUGAGAUGCAAGCCACGUUCAUCCCCCAAGACCUUGCUGUCGCCUUCAUGCAGAAACCACUAGUGCAGUGUUCACGCAGGUUCCUGGGAGAGCUGGCAGCUGCUGAAAAGGACCCACAUGGGCCACCCCAGGAGAGCCGCACAGUGAGUUGUCCACGUUCCAACUGUAUCUCCCUCCAUCCCCACCACAUCCUCUCCUUGUGGCCUCAGGCCUGUCACAUGCUCAGGGUCCACCAGGACUAACUACAAAGGAUUCAACCCUAAAAUAAUUUUUGAAGAGAUUUAUCUUCAAAAAUUGUGGUGGGAGCAGCAGAUUAAGUUGUCAGCUCAAGAUCAUUUCUGGAGGGUCUUAACUAUUAAAAACAAAACAAUGCAAAAUCAACAAAAGCUCUUCAGUGAGACAGUCUUUAUCUGGAUUACUUCCUCUGCUAACUCAGCUGGAAGACCAAUUAUUUUCAGUUUCAUUAAAAAAAUAUCAGUUCCCAAUUCUUGGCAGAGCUACGUUAUAUAUUCAUAUCUAUAGGCUAUGUUGAAGCAAUUCUAGAAUGUUCUAUCAUGUGAAAACCGAGUUUGGUUGUUACUUAAAUCUGCUAAGAAACUUGCAUAUAUUGAUACCUUUUCAAAUUCCAAGGUGAACCUUCAGUUUCUAGUCUAUUUUGAAAUGAAACAUUUUUAUUUAAGAUUUGACACAUUUCUUUAAACUGCUAAAAAAUCUUAAAAAGACAUAAUAAAGGUUAUAUGAAGGAAAUGAUAAAAAUACAUUGUUUAGUACCCAAGAAUAGUAUUUGCAGAACAUUGACUGUGUGCCAGGCACAGUGCUCAGUGCCUCAAUACAUUCAUAUUUAAUCCUCAUACUAACUGCUGUUAUCCCAGUUUUACGGGUCUGGAACCUAGAGCCUAAGCAAACUUGCUCAAGGUCACACAAGGGAGUAAGUGACAGAGCUGAAAGUAAUCAUGCGGUUUAAAAAAACUAAAGGAAGAAUACUCUUAGACUGCAGAAUCCAUUCGUCAAAUGCAGUCUGACAUGCGCGGCUACUCUGGUUUAAAUGGCUCCAUUUCCAGAACACCCAGUAGAAGAGAGUUCAGUCCCAUCUUUUGUACACGUGUAAAUUAAAGCCUGGAGGGGUAAAUGGACGUGCUGAAGGUCAUAAAACUACUUAACGGCAAAACUGGGACAGAAUUCAGGUCUUCUGCCUGCCUGGCCAGCACUGCUCCUGCUACAGACUUGCUUCCGUAGGAGUCUGCUGCUUGAGCUGAGUCUCGGUGCAUAGAGGAGAGACGGUUACGUUAUGGUUGCCUUCUACUGUACCCUCUGCCUUCUCAGCUUAGAUGGGGUCUGCGUGAACCUUUAUAGAAUAGCAGCCAUGACAGGUGGGAAAAAAUAAGAUGAAUUAUAUCAUUCCUACCCUCCCAUCCUGGGCUCAUAAGCUCGUGGGUAGCACUGCCAUCACCUCCUCCUGUCAUCAUUUUCCCCAGAUGUGUUGCUGUGAAGUAGAUUCGCUGGAAACUUACCCGUGUAAAAUUCUCACACCUUUUAGGCACUGAUGCUUCCCCGUGGAGUCUAGUCUACUGCAGUGCAAAACACAUGCAUUUAUUCUUUACAGCUCUCCAAGUUGCUGGAACUUUGGCUCAAAGUGGUAGCUCAAAGAUGUGCAUUCUCUGCAGUGUUAUUCUUAUAACCCUUUUUGUUGCGUUGGAGUCAAGGAUCCUUUUUCUUUUCUUUUUUUUUUUUUGAAUGCCGAGGGUCCUAUUCACUUGUGGGGCCAGUCAGUGUUAUGUGAUGGUGGGCUUCCUUUAAGGGAAGGACAAAGCUCUGACGAUAUGCUAACCCAGACCAGUUCCUGUAACUCUACAAUCUGUGCUGCUGUGUUUCUCUUUCUGUGCUGGGUGUCUAAGUGCCAUGACUGUAGGUCCUGUAACGUUGUUAUUCAGUGGUCCUGUGUACCUCAGAGCCCACUGGCUGGCUAUAACUUGUCAUUUUUUUCAGAUGAAUGCUCUGUACCAUUAAGCAGGCUUUUAAAUUUGGGCCUUUUGACAAAUGAAUGUCUGCUGUUGUGUGAAAGCAGAUUUUGAAACCUGCUUUCCAUUCCUCCAGGUACUACUUUUUCUUUGCUGUGUGCCUUUAAUGUCUAUGGAACUGUUGCAGAAAAGUUUAAUGUGACAUAAGCUAAAUAAAGUGUUUUUUCAUAAUUUUGGUUUUAAAAAUGUAUUUGU